GAGAGAGAAGACACAGAGACAGGGAACAGCGGCUAACAGCUCUCAACACUAGCGAGAUGGUCGCAGAAGAUACUGCAUAAAACAAGAAGCUGAGGAGGUCGUCCCUGAGACAGCUGUACCAUUGUUUGGCCGAAUGCUCAGUAACAUGGAAUCGCAGAAGGACAUUACAACGUGGGAAUCCUUCCGAGCUAAGACCAAGCCUUUCCUGCAGAAUUUAAAGAAACGCAAAAUAUCCAGCAAGAGGAAAGAAGGGAAGAAGCAGCACUUUUUGGAUCAGCGGAUGAGUGUGUCGGAGCCGGACAUGUUGCAAGUGGGCAAGACCUACAGCGAGAGCUGCUCCCGGGUAAUAGUCAAGACCUGUGCUGUCAAUUACUUCAGCAACCCCUCCACCCCAGUUAAGAAACUGGAUCAGAUCGAGCCUCCGCAAACUUCAGUCUCGCCGGGCCAGGCACAGAAACUGGAGGACUCCUGCCCUGAAAAGGAAGCUUGUACACUCACUACAUUAUCCCUGUUAGCCAAGGAAUCCUGCAGCAACAGUGCUGAAGACCUGGUGGAACGCAGCUUCUAUCUCAGAGCGGAUGACAGAUAUGCGGAUGAUCUCAGUGAAAGCACAGACCUCGAAUCAUCGCAGAGCUCACAGUUCUUUGAACAGUCCUUCGAACACCAUGAAGGGUCAAGUCGAGAGCCAUCUGCGUGUAGUUUGCCCUCGUACCUUUUGACGAUCCAAUUGAGGGAAGGACGGAAUCUGGUAAUCCGGGAUCGCUGUGGUAAGACCCUGUAAUGCGGACUUUUCAAUCUAAUUGGUUGUGUUCGGACAUUCAACAAGCACAAAGAGGUUCACCAGGACUUGUCUGAAUCAUGGAAACAGACCUUUCGAAUCCCUAUAAAGAACAUAAAUUAUGUGGUUCAUUGAGAAGUUUAUGACCGAGAUUUGGCCACAGAUGAUUUCAUGGGUUCUGCAUAUCUCAGUCUGAGUGAUCUUGAAGUGAACAGCACCGUCCUGAAGGAAUUGCAGCUCGAUGACCCAAACAGCUUGGAGGAGUACAUGGGCGAGAUUAUCCUGGAGGUAAAACUUGCCAACAAACCGAGGGAUGGCAGAAGAAAUGCCCGUCACAUCAGGAAGAAACGAGGGACGCAUACAAAGACUAGCCUCAUCCAGAAUAUCUGCCUGUCUGAUAGCCUUUGGAAAAGCCAGCUGUGGGACAGCAUUGUUACUAUCACUCUGUUUGAAGGAAGGGGGUUCAGAGAAGAUGCAGCUGAAGGAUGCUACGUCAAAUUCAGGCUGGGAGAGGAGAAGUACAAAAGUAAGGUUCUAUACAAAUGCACAAAUCCUCAGUGGCGAGAACAGUUUAAUUUCCACCUCUUCUGCGACAGGACGAAUAUUUUGGAAGUGGAAGUCUGUGGGAAAGGCAGCCAAAAACAGGAAGGAAGCUUUGGCAUGUGCAAGGUUAACCUUUUGACGUUAUCCAAGGGGGUGACACACUGUAAGGAGCUGUCUCUGGAGAAUGGCCAGGGUUGUGUGGUUUUGUUGCUUAUACUCACAACGUGCAACGGGGUCUCCAUCUCUGACCCCUGUGUCAGCCCACUGCAUGAUGAGACUGAGAGGCAGCAGAUUAUUCAGAGAUAUAGUUUGAGAAACACGUUGCAGGAUCUGAGCAACAUUGGGUUUCUGCAGGUUCAGGUGAUAAAAGCUUGUAACUUGGCCGCAGCAGAUUUUGCAGGGAAAAGCGAUCCAUUCUGUGUUCUGGAGCUGGGCAAUGAUAAGCUGCAAACUCACACCGUGUACAAGAACCUCAAUCCUGAAUGGAACAAAGUAUUCUCAUUUAACAUUAAGGACAUCCAUGAUGUCCUCGAGGUGACGGUCUUUGAUGAAGAUGGAGACAAGCCACCAGACUUUCUGGGCAAAGUUGCAAUACCCUUGCUUUCUAUCAAGAACGGUCAACAGACUGCCUAUUUUCUGAAGAACAGAAAGCUGGGCCGACCAGAGAAAGGAGUUCUUUACUUACAGAUGGAUAUAAUCUAUAACCCGAUUAAAGCAAGUCUCCGGACAUUUAAACCCAAAGAAGCAAGGAACCAAGAAGAAAACACCAAAUUUUCCAGAAAGACAUUAACCAGGAAUGUUCGGCGUGUUCGUAAUAUCACAAGGGCAGUAUGGAAUACGCUGCAGUACAUCCAGAGCUGCUUUGAAUGGCAUUCUCCCCAAAGAAGUCUAAUCGCCUUCCUGUUGUAUUUGGUGAUUGUCUGGACUUUUGAGAUCUACAUGAUCCCACUCGCCUUUUUGAUGCUUUUUGCCUGGAACUACAUUCAGAUGGCCAGAGGGAAAGUUGUCAACCAGCACUACAUGGAGGAUUACGAUGUGGACACUGACGACGAUGAUGAGGAGGAUGAAAAGGACUCUGAGAAAAAAGGCUUGAUAGGCAAGAUCCACAUGGUUCAAGACAUUGUUAUUACAGUUCAAAAUUUCCUGGACACAGCAGCAUCGUUUGGUGAAAGAAUCAAGAACACCUUCAACUGGUCAGUCCCGUUCCUUUCCAAACUUGCCUGUACUGUGCUCGCUGUCUGCACACUCGUGUUAUACUUUGCCUCACUGAGGUAUCUCCUGCUGUUCUGGGGCAUACACAAAUUCACGAAGAAGCUAAGAAAUCCGUACGCCAUCGAUAAUAACGAGCUGCUUAACUUCCUCUCCAGAAUUCCAUCAGAUGUCCAGAAGGUGCAGCAUGCCGAGCUGAAAAUGAGCAAUGGCCUGACUCCUGUUAAGAAGAGAAAAGGCAAUUCAUAGCCCGUGGAGCAAGAUGGAGUCACUGAUAUCUUGAUCGUUCGGCUGAGAACUACAUUGAGAGCUCCCACUUUGAACUGACCACUGUCGAACUUGUUGUCUCUGUGGGUCUGGGUGUCUAUCUUAUUCAGCCAAGGUCUAAAAAUGACUUUUGUUUCAUUCAGUGGAAAUAUGUGCAAUGUUUUGAGUUUAACAAUAUGAUUUGGAUAUAAGAUACUUGGGUCAAUUUGAGAUCUCUGACGCUAUUUUGCCUUUGGUGCCUGUUGUUUGCUCCUUCUCUUCUGGAACUUUGGGAUUGGUAUAUAUCUGUGCUGCUUGUCAGUAUUCCUUUUAAUCACCCUGUGGAUGUUUAUUCUGUAAACUCAGGUGAGUUAUUUAAAGGAUGAUGUUACAUUGGUGCACCAGGUUACAGCUCUGGUAGGGAAGGUAGAGAUCUACCUCCCUCAUUGUUAAUGUUUCAGGAAAAAAAAGUCCACAUUGUCCUGUUUACUCUGUUGGCAUGACAUGAUUCUUUUUAUGUAGAUUUUAGAGGUCUGUUUUUUAUACUAUUUCUUCCAAACAAGCUACCAGUUUGUUGAUCACCUGUUUUGUGCUGCUGCCAAAGACUAGUUUCACUCCCCGUGUGCUUUUCUGUUACUUUUCUACUCAUUUCUUUUGCCUUUAUUCCUUUUGCUGCUUCUCUCUCUUUCUCUCCAGAAUCAUGGAUUAGGUUUUUGCCCCAUCACUUGGUCCUUCCACCUCACAGUGAACAAAGCUUCAAUUAGGAUGGCCUCAGUGGUCGGGCUUUCUCUUGCUUUGAAAUCUCCCUGCUUCUUUCACAGUAUAAAAGACAGGGUGUUGCUCUGCGCCAGUUUGGAAGCUGCCAGAGUGAUUACAGUGGCAAUUCUGUGGGUUUGUGUCAAGUCUAGGACUCUUGCGUACUGACUGUGGUCAGGUGGGAACCAUAGAUACAUUGAUAGCCUGUUUUGCGCUGCUGCCAAAAACCAGUUUCAGACCCUAUAGUGUGGAGCUGGAGGAACACAG